UCACGCGUUGCACAUGGCGGCAGCCGCGGCGACUCGCAGUUUGUGAAAGUAGCGUUACGUGAUAGUUAACCGAAGUUAACGUCUGAAAGGAAGAGAAUCGCGUCCAAGUGCUUCAACGCUUCCCAAGGUUGACUUUUGUGGACUUAGUGAGCGACGUGGUUUACCGCCGCAGGUAACCCAAUGCGUGCACUAAAAGAGCGAAAGAUCUCGCAACAGCGGCGACGAAGAAAGAUGCUCGGCCGAAGGCUGAUGCCCCGACUCAAGCGAGCGUUGCAAGCCGGCCGAGUGGUCAAGCCUUUGCGCGACCCACAUCCAUGGACGGUAACUCCGAUGGAACCGAGUUCUGUCGGCACCUUUUCCGUGUCAGCGAGAUCCAAUGCCGGUGUUUCAGCACGUGCGUCAAGGCAGGAGAGCAUGUUCCCGUCAUUUGGUGGAGAGCAAAGCACUGCGAAUGGGGAUUGCGAAGAAGACCAGGAUGCUUCCGAAAACGGUCAAGCGUGGAACGAAGGUGGGUCUCAGCGUAAGAAACGGAAACAACGACAACGCAGGACAACUGUCGCUGAAUCAGACCCACCUGGCUUUGAAGAAUGUGAAUCGUCAUCGGAAGGAGGUGGUGACAGGGGUGGCAGUGAGGACGACAGUGAAGAAGACGUCACUCUUGACGGUGCAUCUGAUGACGAUCGCACGUCUGGCAGCAGUGGCAGCUCCACGUCUGAGGAAAAUGACAAGGCGGAUGCGCGCAGUCGGAGGGAUGUGCACAGACUGCUGCUGGAAUCGCAGAACCUGCUGCAGGAUUACGAAGAUGGCAGCACACCUUGCAGCGUUGAUGAUCAGGGGACCGGUGAGGAAGACGCCAGAGCCAACACGGAUAUGGACAACACUUUCAGGGUGUUCAUGGCGUCCGGUCGUGUGGUCGUGUUGGUGCGGCCACCGGCAGCAGUGCGGCUCAUGGGGCGUGCUCAGCUGCGCGUCCUGCACGGCAUCGUCGACAUCGAGGGCCACGUGGUCAUAGGCGGGGCUGCGGCCGCGAGAAUACGGCCCGACAGCUGCCUCGUCCAUUCGGGCUUUCCCCAGGGCUUCGUGCACAUCAGGCCCCUCCCGCUGGAGAUGCCCAGGGGCAGCGGCAAGGCGACUCACUUGCGCCGAACACUGGCUCGGCUGGGCAUGGACGAGGCCUGGACCAGGCUGAGACCGCUGAUCGCGCAUGGGACUGCCAUCAUGCUGCUUGAGAAGAUGCCGGGAGGCAAUUGGCCUAUUGGGGUCAACAGUGACUCCCAGCUGAGGGGACCCUUGCAAUCGCUAGGAUUCCGACUGGACCGGGACCAGCCGUCUAAGUUGGAACCCUGGCGGCAGCGAACGUCGGCCCUUGCAAGGCACCUUACCCGUGCGCUCGAUAUUGGAGACCAUCAGCGGACAGCGAAGCCAGAGGGCCGUGCUGUGCCAUGCAUUGUUGUGUGUGGACGCCAGAACACCGGGAAGUCGUCCCUGCUUCGGGUGCUCGUCAACAGCCUCUUAAAUUUCUGCUCCGAGGUGCUGUACUUGGACUGCGAUCCCGGCCAGUGCGAGUUCACUCCGCCAGCCACCGUCUCACUCACCCGCGUCACCGAACCAUUGCUGGGGCCACCGUUUACGCACGUCCGGACACCCGAAAAGGCUUACUUUUUGGGUCACGUGAGCCCAGCCAGCCAGCCCGAUUCCUACUGCACGGCCAUACGCUCGCUCAUUGAGCACGCUCGUCAAGUGGCACCCAAAGCACCGCUCCUCGUCAACACCAUGGGCUGGGUCAACGGGCUGGGUCUUUCCCUCCUGGUGGACGUGAUCCGGUGGCUGUGUCCGACGGACCUGGUGCAGCUUGUUGCCGAGGAACAGAAUGGCGAAACUCCUCUGCCACCACUGGACGACACGCUGCUGCGAUCGGCCUGUGGUUGGAUGACAUCGCGUAGUGGCAGUGACGGCCUCUGGCCACUGGACGAUCUGUCGUGCUAUGUGUUGCCUGGCUCCACCUACAGGGGAAGGUCGUGGGCGCGUGCCAAGCGAGAAGCCAUGGUCCUUGCCUACCUGGGACGAAAGGGCAGUGCCGACGGCUACCAUCUACCCGAGACACCCUACUGGCUGUGGAACACCACGCCACUCAGGGUACCGUGGUGCACAAUGGUGGUGCACGACUGUGACAAUUCUGUUCCCAAGAAGGAUCUGCUGUACGCCCUCCGUGGAAGCGUUGUAGCUCUGUGCUUCGUCCCUGUUGACAAGAUGCUGGAGACUGAGAACCCCUCUUACCCCAAGUUUAUCGACAGCUGCGGCCCGUACGAGUGUCUUGGAUAUGGCCUCGUGCGUGCUAUUGAUCCGUUGGAGCAAAUCUUCUACAUCACCACCCCCGAGCCACCCGAGCGGCUGUCCGAGGUCAACGCCCUCAUCCGCGGAGACAUUCAUUUGCCCGAGUCCUUGCUCACUGCUCAGACACAGCUCUUGCAGUGCGGCUGGGCACCGUACCUGGCCAAAGCGGCGUUCGAGCCGGACCACUGCAGUGAUGAGGAAGAGCAGAGUGACGACGAUUCCAGCUCCUGAAACUGUUCUGUCUUUUCUUCUUUCUUCUCUUAAUAAAGGACGGAGGAUAGUCUGCGAAUUUUUACGGUUUA